ACAUCUCGACUUCUCGUUGCCGACGAAGGAGCCGCCGACCCAGCAUCCUCCGCCCACGCACGCACCAACUCGAGAUGGCUCCCAACGGCGCAAUGUACACGGAGCCCACGGCGACGCCGCCGCCGCCGGCCAUGCACGACAGCGACACGGUCAUCUUCCUCGACUGGGAUGACACGCUCUUGGCGUCCACGUGGGUCGGCAAGCUCGGGCUGCGGCCAAAGUACGUCAACGAGAAGCCGCACAUCCCGGACGACGUCAAGCUCCAGCUCGAGGAGCUCGAAGAGUGUGUGAUUGCGCUCUUGGAGAACGCGAUGAAGUAUGGCCGCGUCGUUAUCAUCACCGCUGCUGAGACGGGGUGGGUCGAGCUCUCGGCGUCGCUCUUCAUGCCGCGGACGCUGCCGAUCAUCAACAGCAUGAUCAAGGUUGUCUCGGCGCGCUCGACGUACGAAGAGCUGUACCCUGGCGCGCCCAAGAAGUGGAAGAUCGAGGCGUUCCAGCACGAGGUGUACAACCACAGCGCGACAACGACGCCCAAGCACAUCAUCUCGAUCGGUGACGGCCCGACCGAGCGCGAGGCGCUCAUCAACCUCAAAAUGUCGUCCUACGCGUCGUUCCACGCCAAGUCGCUCAAGCUCAUUACGUACCCGAACGCGAUCGAGCUCAAGAUGGAAGUGCGCCUCCUCCUCGACAACCUCCACACGCUGUGUACACACGAAGAAGACAUGGACCUCCAAAUCUCCAAGGACGUGCUCCAAGCCGCAUGAGGCGCCGCGCGACGCCGUAUUUUAUAAGUAGUUUUGAGCAAAAAGCCCGUAUAAUUAAGACACCCCUCCUCUAUGCUAGUGACUUAGAUACCUACAAUAUAUCGCCUUGGCCUGAAGC